UAAAUAGCUUUGGACUUUAAAAUAUAUGAUAUAAAAACAAAGGGAAGAAAAUACAGUAGCAGUAGCCCAAAUCCUAUCUAAUGUAGCUUUUUACUUGUGGGCUUGUUACACGUGGAAGGGCAAGUUAGUCUUUCCAUUUCUGUUCAAUGCCUUUACUUUGAAGGCUAUAAAUAAUUGUGGGAAAUAAGUGCAUCAUUCCAAAGUCACAUAUAGAGCCUACUUAAUUUAAUGGGAAAGCAUGGUUCUCCAAAUAACAUGCAAGGCUCAAACAGUAAGGUAAACACAGGGGAACUUUCCAUCGGUCCAAUGCUUUGGAUGGCCACAGCUUGCCUAUUUAUGUCCCGAAAUAAAUAAAAAAAUCACUAUUAAUUUUCUUGCAAGUUUAGGGUAAGAGAUAUAGGACAGGGGUCCUCGGAUAUUACAGGGACUACUGUAAUACAAAUCAGGUGCCAUUCGGAAUAGACGGCAGCUCCAUCUCACCAACUUCCACCCAAGUUGAGUUACUUUAGAAAACGUGCUAAGAAUCGCGGCGGCCCGAAUAAACGGCCAGUAAACCUGCACUUAAAAGGAGCGAGAUGGGAUCAUCGGUGCCUUAUAACCCGACCACAGGGUCUCUUUUUUUCUCCUCCUUCACGCCCUGUAGCCACAUCCUGUCCCCGCGCUGGGGAUGGACGCCCAAUAGAACGUCCCCGAACAAGAGAGAGGGCGCGAGCCUUGCCUCACUCCUGGGCAGGCGCCGUAGCAUCUCCCGCGCUCUGUAGCUAACCCUUAAACCAUCCCCCUCCCCUCAAGCCUGCAAGAGAGGGCAAGGAGCGCGCGCUAGCCGGCCUCUUUUUCCUCCACCUUUUCCCCGCGCGCGCGCUUCAGUCUUUUAAAUCCCUUGGCUGGAGCUGAAGGCUGGCGGGCAAAAUGGGAGGGGGGGAGGGAAGAGUCCCUUUCAACGGCAAGGCACACCUCGCGAACCGGCAUUGGCCGCCGCCACUGGCUUCUCCUUGAUUGGCUGCCGGCUGGCUAGAGCUCCUCCUAAUUGGCUCUUCGGGUUUUGGAUACCAGAUUUAAACCUUUUAAAAGUGCCCGGAAAAAAAGUGAUUCCACCCAGAGCAGACGGAGACUGGUCAGUCAAUAAGUCGAGACUGAUUUUGAAGAAGAAGAAAGCGCGAAAGGAAGCAGAGCUAUUGCCCGCUAGAAAACCAGCCACUUCAGGGAACAUUUGAAAAGCUACCCUAACCACUGAAAAUGAAACGUGAUUUUAAUUAUACCCAUGUAUACUGUGGAUCUUCACCAUUAAAACUAACUGGAACAGAAGCAACACCAGAAGAGCCUGAGAGUUACAAUGAAAAAUACAAAGGCUAUACCAAAGAAAAGCUCUUCUAUGGUGACCUGCAUCAUGGAAGUUCCAAGAGUUUUAACCUCAAAAGUGGAGAAAAGCUUAUGCAUAAUAAAGAAAACCAAAAAGUAUUAUGGGGGCAUAUUGAGAGCACCAAUGAAAUUGACAAUGAAAACGACAGUGGAUACUCCUCUUUGUUGGGUAUUCAGCACAAACCCAGUGAUAAUGAUGACAGUGUGCUAUUAGCAGGGAAUAUCAACAAUAUACCAAAUCAUAGUUUCAGUCCAAGGAAGAAUUUACUACCAGUCCUCCAUUUUGAAGAACUUGUCUGCUCAACUUUGAAAAAAACUAACAAACGGAAUCCAAAGUCAUGGGCCCUUUUCUUAGAUAAAUUGACUUCAAGGAAAAUGGAAUUUGUGAAUCUGAUUGGCAAAAAAAUGGGAUUAGAUAAGCUAGAUAUUCUUGGAGAAUUAUUUCAUGGGAAAUUCAGACAUCUGUUAGCAAACAUCUUAAUGCAUCUUAACUCUACAGACUUGAUAAACAUGGCUAAAGUUAGCAUUACAUGGAAGAAAAUUCUUCUUGGUGACAAGUGGGCUUUUCAGAUGUAUAACAAAGCACUAAAACUCAGUUUGAAUAGCAACACAGUAGCUGCCAAACAGUGUGAUACAAGGGAGUAUGCCCUCCAUCGUGAACCAUUAAUGUAUAUUCAGAAAGUAGCACCUAAGCAAAUCAACUUUUCUAAAAAAACAUCCCGAAUGAAAGCAAACGCUCAGACCUCUUCUUUCAGCCGGCAUUCACAAUUUUCUGAGGUUGCAAAGACUUUGAAGAAUACUGAGAGUCUGAAAGUUUGCCAUCGCUGUGGUUCCCCUGCAAAAUAUGAUUCCCAUCUGCAAAGGGCAACGUGUGUCCGAGAAAGCUGUGGUUUUGACUUUUGCACAAAGUGCAUGUGCAGCUACCAUAGUGCCAAGGAUUGUUGCAUCAUUGGAAUGCCAGUAAAAACGUCUUUCAGACUAGGACCUCUUCCUUGCAGCAAAAAAAGCAAACAGAAUUUACGGAGGCUAUAAUUUUCCUGAUACAAAUUCUAGCUAGAGUCUCGUAUUUUGCUAGUAGGUUCAGAAGAGGAGUGAAUGUGAAAGUUGUGGUUGUCUAAUUUAAAAAAUGCAGUGGUUUUUUUUUAAAAAAAAUGAAUUUUAAAUAUAUUUUUUCAGAGGUCCUCUUCUCCCCUUUUUAGGAGGAUGUUUAGAAUUUUUAAAUUGCUUCUACAUUUACAUGGAAACUAUGUGGCAACCUUGACUUAACAAAUAGACCACAGUGGAUUUUUAUUAAGUUGGGGGUAGUAACAUUUGUUUUUAAAAGUUGCUUGUUAUAUGGUCUCUAACUCUAUGCCUAUAUAAAAAGCCUUUCGGAGGUUUUACAAUACAAUCUAUAAUAAGGAAAUGAUAUUUAAUGUAUUUGCAAUGCCAAAUUUUUAUUAACUGAAUUUCAUCUGAUUAAAACAUUGAACGUAUAAAUAGAAGUUUUUAUAACCAUACUUGUCCUGAUAGCUGCUGAAACUUAGUGUUGUCCUGUCCCAUUUCAUCUUCAUUACUAGGUAAAGAUGCCUAGAAAUGUAUAUAAUUGUAAAUACUUAA